GACGAGGAAUUGAGAAUGGCAUUAUUGCCUGAUUACGGGCUAUAGCAGUAGUUGCCUUGGUUGACGCACUGGGCUCAUCUUGUCUGGCGUAGCACAACCAUAGAUUAGGCCAUAUGUAGUCGAUGGUUUGUCUUAGUUUAACUCAUUACAGAGUGCAGACAAACCUCACUUACAUUCUUAAUGCUUAGGCAUAUUUGGCCGUCGCCAUCAUCGGACCCCUUGUCUCCGCAAUUUGCCGAAUUUUCGCCAAUCCGUGGAUGUGGAUACGUCUCUUAUUUAGCUACUAGGUCCAAACCAUUCUCUUCCUCACUCAAGUCCUCAUUGCACGCCACGCCAUACAAAAACUCUCUGUUCUUUCACAAACCGAAGAGUGAGAAGGGAGGAGCAUGGCAGGGCUGCAGAGAUCGUCACAGACAUUCAGGAGGUCUGGGUCAUCAGGCUUGGUCUGGGACGAGAGGCUCAUGUCACAGCAGGACCAGGACGGCAACCAGAAUGGGCCAGAGGACGCAGCCAUGGAGUCCAAGGAGCUGAGGCACUCCCGUAGCGUUGGCUCCGUUGGGCUGCAGCUGCAGCGCAGGCGCAACGACGACAGCAGCAGCCAGGGCUACCGUACUCGGCGUGUAGCCCCAGCUCUGGACCCGCCUUCGCCCAAGGUUCCUGGCUGCAUCUUCUGUGGAAUUUUCAGGAAGGCAGGAGCUUCACAGUCACAACCAUCUAAGCCCAGAAGGUACUAGCUAGGCUGGUCUACUACUGUGCUGUGUAUGGGGAGCUGGGAACAGGGACCGUCAGUUUUCCUUGAGCCUGCAAAGGUUUUAUGUUACUCGUGUAUGGAUGCUAGAUGAGAUGUAUAGUUGUAGUUUGGACAAAGCUUGUGUGUUUCUUCUUCCUGUGUUGCUGUGUUUUUUCCUGUGUUACUUGUGUGUUUCUUGUAGUUGUAUUCUUGGAAUGACUGCCUCUUCCAUCAUGUACUGGCCAUAAUAGAGUUUGCGCAUCUGUUACUAGCAUACAGCAUAUAUGUAAUUACGAGUACAUGAACAUGGUGCUCUUGUUUGUGUGCUUCUACAUGAAUAUGGUGCUCUUGUUUGACA